AUGAGCACGACAUCCGUAGUGAAGCUGAUGCCGCACGAGUACCUGCACGUGGAGGACACGAACACGUGUGAGGUGUUCACCCUUCUCGGACCCAUCACCUACACCCUGUACGACCAUCACCGCAAGUUGCACGAAACACCGCAGCCAUGCGUUGUGGUGCCGCCCAGCCAAUUUGUCACGGUGCAAAAUCCGAUGCACGUGGUCCCGACCUCCCUCAUCGAUAAGGCCGAUGCCCCGCCAGUGUACACGCUGCUGCGCAGCUCACCUGGGUCCAUCACGGGCCUGGCGGCGCUGCCGUACAGUCGCUGGAAGAUGCCAUACGGCAGCAGUGAGCUACGUUUUUUCGACGAAUCGCCGUUCCCGCUCUUGCCAGACGAGACUGUCGACGAGCCAUCGCCCAUGCCGCUGCUGACGGCUUCAGAGGCGCUCACUCUGGAAGCACUCGCACCGCAUGACGUUGUGGAUCCCGUUACGGGUGCGACAGUGCACCGUGCCGCUCAUGAAUACUUUCUUUUCAAGGGACCUGGCCUCUACACCCCACGACUGGACGAGCGCAUCGUGAACAAGGUGACCGGUGUGUACGUCUCCCCACCGCAGGUGUGCUACCUCUCGGCCAAGUACGACUUCGUGGACGAUGACGGUGUGACCCGCGUGGCUGGAGAGCAGUGGAUUGUGCGGGCGCACGGCAUCUUCUUCGCCCACCCCGCCGUGACGCUGCAGAUGCGUGACGCGUACGUGCUGACCAGCUUCGAGGCACUGACGUUCGUCUCCUACAAAGCCUUCUACGAUGAGGAGUUGCAGGUUGCCCGCGAGGCACAGAAGCCGUACCUCAUCUCGUACGCGGACACCAAGGAUGGAAUGUACCUCCCACGACCGCAUGAGACGUUUCGGGGCCGGCGGAGACAGGUGCACCUCAGCGCCACGCAGUACUGCGUCGUGAUCAACCCCAUCGGCGCCGAUGGGACAGCGAGGCUGCAGCAAGCCGAGGUUCGCGUGGGGAAGCAGAGCUUCAUGCUGCAGCCCGGCGAGCACUGCACGAAACCUCUCACCGCGCUGGUGCUGAGCGAGGACGAGGCGCUGCUGCAUGUCGCACUCCAGACGUACACGGAGGCGGAUGGUACCGUGCGAGAGGGCGGCUCGCGUUGGCUCGUCCACGGGCCGCGGCAGUACAUCCCGCCAGUAUACGCGCGGGUGGUGGAGCGGCGGCGCAUCAUCAAGAUCGACGAAAACUGCGGCGUCUACGUGCGCAACAUCCAUACAGGCCAGGUGCGCUCGGUCUUCGGCAAGCCGUUCAUGCUGGGCGCCGACGAGCAGCUGUGGGAGCGCCCCAUCGGUACGUACGUGCGCCGCCUUCUGGCCGAGCCGCGGCAGUCGCUGCGGGUAACGGACAUGUCCGCCAAGGAGAGGGCGGAGGCCUCGUUGGAGGGAGGGUGGGCGGCCAUGCGGGUGGAGAGGGACAUGCAACCGUCGAGCACCGCCGCUGUUGAGGUGGCCGGGGGCGGCUGCUACAGCGCUAGCAGCAGUGGAGAGAGCCUCGACUCUGGCGACGAUUUCAUGGACAGGGACGAGUGCGCGGACGAGCUGCAGCUGCUUGACGCCGCCACCCGCAACGCGCACCCGCCGCGCCUCUCGCGCCACAUUAGUCGCUAUCACGUCAUUACCGCCAACGUGGAGCACAACACGUUGGUGCGCCUCUACGACACGAGCACCGGCCUCAGCCGCGUUGUGGCCGGCCCCGCCACGGUGUUCCUGAAGCCGCACGAGCACUUCACCCCACUCUCCCUCUCCGGCGGACGUCCGAAGGAACCGCACCAGAUCCACUCGCUAAGCCUCUACCUUGGGCCGGACUACAUGGCCGACAUCAUCGAAGUCGAGACCCUCGAUCACGCCCGUCUACGGCUUCACCUCGCCUACAACUGGGAGUUUGGCUCCGUGGCCUCGAACGGCAAGGCAGACGAGGUGGACGCAGAGCUGGCCUUUACCAUCCCGGACUUCGUUGGGGAGGCGUGCAAGGCACUGGCGAGUCGUGUGCGGUCGGCGAUAGCGGGGCAGACCUUCGAGUUCUUCCACUGCAACUCGUCGACGCUCAUUCGCCAGGCGAUCUUCACGCCGGCUGAGGACGGCUCCAUCGUCUCCCACGGCGACUCGCUCUGCUUCACCGCAAACGGUCUCUACAUUACGACGGUGGAUGUGCAGAGCGUGGAGCCGGUGAACAUCAAGACGCGGACCGCGCUGGCGAAGAGCGUGCAGCUCGCGGUGGAAAUAAUCACCAAGGCGCAGGAGAGCGACGCCUCUCACCAAGCGGCGCUCCUCGAGCAGAAGGCAAAAGGUGCGUUGGACCUGCAGGUGAUGCAUGACCGCGCCAAGGCAGAGCAGCAACGCACAGAGCUGCUGCGCGUGAUGGGCGAGAACACGGCGCUGGAGCAGGCCGGCGCCAGUCGUGCGCAGGCGCUGGCCGAGAGCGCCGCGCGCCUGGCAGAGGUGCAGGGAGAGGUAGACGCCACCCCGGUUCGUUGUGCCGCCCACUCCGUCGGCAUGGACACAGAGCUGGAGGUGUUGCGCAAGCGGGCGGAGCUGGACCUCGCACACCGCCAGUCCAUGGACAACCUCGCCAUCGACAAGAUCCGCAAGCUGUCUGGCAUCGAAGCGACAAAGUACGAGAAGAUCAUGGCCUCACUCGGGAAGGAGACGCUCAUCGCGAUCUCGAACGCGGGGCCGGAGCUGAAGGCGAAGCUCCUGGGCGAGCUGGGCCUGCAGGGCUUCGUCGUCACGGACGGCAAGACGCCCAUCAACAUACUGAGCUUGGCAGACAAGAUGGCUGCCGGGCCAUCGGCCACCACCCCGUCCCCAGCAGCGCCUGGAGCGGCGCGAGUGUCGUGA